AUGGCCAAGAUCAGUCAAGGCGAUGACCCCCUCAAUAACGGAGACGGCUUGUCUACAGGGCGUGUGAGCGAAGUGUGCGAGGCAGGCGCAAGCCCAUCGCAGAGACCAGAGGCCAUGGCCCCUUACAUUGCUGCCCUGCCUGUCCCUGCGUACCACAGCCUUCCUCUCUCAGACAAGAAUGGAUUCAAGUUAAGGAAGCCCUUGGUGGAGAAGAUGCGGCGAGAUCGUAUCAACAGCUGCAUCGAGCAGCUCAAGUCCCUGCUGGAGACGGAGUUCCACGGCCAGGACCCCAACGCCAAGCUGGAGAAGGCCGACAUCCUGGAGAUGACCGUCAGCUUCCUCAAGCGCCAGCGGUUGGAGCUGGUGGGGUCUGCUUCCAUGUUGUUGGACCAGAGGGACUACAGCCAAGGCUACUCCCAGUGCUGGAGGGAGUCUGUCCAGUUCCUGACCGCCAGCUCCUGCACGGGAGCACCCCUGCUUCAUUACCACCCUCAACUGUGA